UUGUUAAGUAUUUUUAGACAGCCUGCACCCGUCCAACCCCAAGUUCAACCUCAACCACAAUUACCUCAACAGCCUCAACCUCUCCGACCAAGGACCAGGCGUCCACCUGUUCGACCUCCAACGCCUGCACCAUUCCAACCACAACCGCAGCCACAGCAACAAAAUUUCAAUGUUCAGCAAUCAUUACAAACACCACCCCAACCACCUCCAUCACCACCACAUGUUCAGCAGCCUUUCCAGUCUCGACAGCCAUUUGCACCCCAAACACAGUUCCAGCGACCACAACAACCUCCUCCACAACAAUUCCAAACUCCGCCGCCAACUACACCUGCUCCUCAGUUGCCGUUCGCAGGCCAACAAAAUCUACGAACAGGAGUAUGCCCAAUGUCGAUCUUCUACAUUUCGACACCAAUCAGUGGACCCACUCGACUUUCAUUCACACACUUUGCCAUCGCCGUCACCGUCGACCAGUGCGCCAGAACUUGUCACGAAUUCAACUGUGCGAUUGCUCACUAUAACCCAAGCAAUGGACACUGUGAAUUUAAUCCAUCAACAGCCUUCGCCAUUCGAAAUGGUCAAUGCCCUGCCUGGCCCAGCUUGCAUUAUAGAAACAAUGUCGUUGCGAGUGAACCGGUACGAAUCUUCUGUGUGACUUGCCAACGACCUCGUCGACGACAAAACCGAACACGAAAUCUUUCGCUUAGACAACGAUCAAGGGAUCCCCAUCAGGCCAACACAUCACGACGAAAUGCGUUCCGUGGACAUAGAAAUGCGAAAAGGACUACAAACAACAGACAACGAUCAAGGGAUCCCCAUCAGGCCAACACUUCACGACGAAAUGCAUUCCGUGGACAUAGAAAUGCGAAAAGGACUACAAACAACAGAGUCUCAAGUCAUCCCGUGAUCCACGGUGUUCUUGUAAAGCAGCCGAAAGCCAUUGCACUCGGUGUCUCUCAGUUGUCUUUCAAUACUCCAGUGGAAUCAAAGACCCGUGAACUAGCCGUUGGUGUCUCCCCAACGCUCUACGAAGACGGAGGUGACUCGUCAACGUUCCAGGAGGCAAGGAGGUCGAGUGGAUCAAGUAACAGAGAAUACGAUUGCGAUUUGGAAAGUAAUGGAACUUAUUUUGUCAAGUGCAAGGAUUCAUUGGGAGGAAGCCCUCUCUUAGGCGUGAAGAAGAAUCACUUGUUCUUUACCAAAGACCGAGCUGGAGAUCGUAGACAGGCGAUCAGAUUCGCUGUUAAACAUUGGUGGAGCCGAGUGAGAAAAGACGGUGGCAUUGGUCAAGAAGUCACUUUCAAAGAGGGCAACGCUGGUCGCCCAAUCAGCACAUUCACCAAGAUGGCAUGGGCGACCACACAGAAAAUGGCCUGUGUGGCUAGAGAAUGUCCAUAUCACUGGUCUGUUGUGUGCCUAUAUAAUCCGGGAGGAAACCAAGUUGGCUCUCAGAUCUACGAACGUGGAAGCCCUUGUACAGCAUGUCCAACGGGCUACACUUGCAACACGGACUCAUUAUGUCAAAUGUCCACUUGA